CGAAAUUUGAUUGGAUAACAAUUUGUGAAUUGCUGUUUCUGUUUACCAUGUGAUCGGGACUUGACGGAAUCAAAUGUUAAUUAAUGUGUCAUGUAAUUUUUUUUUUCAACUUUCUAAUAUUUUACAAAUAUUUGAUCCGGUAAAUAUUCUGUUUUUGCACAUGCAUAUGAUUUUUCUGUUUACAUAUCAUGACAAACUGUUGCUUAAGGUGAUGAAAUCUUAGAAAUAUUAUUUUGUUUGGAUGUUAUCCUGGAACUUCUAGAAAACCAAUUCAUUGUAUCAGGAUAGUAUUGAAAUUGCUGCAAAAUGAAUUAUUUACGCAACUCUGCACAUUAUACAUGGAGCACAACAGAUGUUUUAGGUAAAGGAGCAACCGGUUCAGUGUAUAGAGGUGUGCAUAAAAAAACUGGUGAAUCUGUUGCUGUGAAGACAUUUAAUCACACAAGUCAUUUACGUCCUUUAGAAGUGCAAAUGCGAGAAUUCGAAGUUAUGAAGAAAUGUGCCCAUGAAAACAUUGUUAAAAUGUUAGCUAUCGAAGAAGAAAUUGAAAGUCAAAAGAAAGUCAUAGUAAUGGAACUUUGUGAUGCUGGGAGCCUUUUCACUAUUUUGGAUGAUCCUGAAAAUAGCUAUGGUUUGGAAGAGGAGGAAUUCAUGCGUGUACUGAAAGAUUUGGCUGCAGGAAUGAAGUAUUUAAGGGAUAAUAAUAUUAUACACAGAGAUCUAAAACCUGGUAAUAUAAUGAAAUUUAUUUCUGUUGAUGGAAGAUCAAUAUACAAAUUGACUGACUUUGGUGCUGCAAGGGAAUUAGAAGAUGACCAACAAUUUAUGUCAUUGUAUGGAACUGAGGAAUAUUUGCAUCCUGACAUGUAUGAAAGAGCAGUUUUAAGACAUCCUGCAAACAAACCUUUCCGAGCUACAGUGGAUUUGUGGAGCAUUGGUGUAACAUUGUAUCAUGUUGCUACUGGUUCUCUGCCUUUCCGGCCAUAUGGUGGAAGAAAAAAUAGAGAAACAAUGCAUUAUAUCAUAACAACUAAAGCAUCAGGUGUAAUAUCUGGUGUCCAACAUAGUGAAAAAGGUCCUAUAGAAUGGAGCAAAGAGUUACCCAAAACAUGUCUCUUAAAUCAAGGCUUGAGAGAUUUGGUCACUGUUCUUCUUGCUGGUAUACUUGAGUGUAAUGCUGAAAGAAUGUGGACUUUUGAACAAUUUUUCGAUUGUGCUACAGAUAUAAUAACGAGAAAAGUUUUCCAUGUUUUUUACAUGAAUGAAGGAAAGGAGAUAUGUUUAUAUAUGCAGCCUAAUAAAAUGUUACAAGAUUUAAAGGAACAAAUAACACUCCAAACCAAUGUACCUUGUGCAAAUCAACUAUUACUAUUCAAUAAAGCUCUUCUCACAUCACAUGUUCAUCCUUCAGCUGAAAUUUCUACAUAUCCCACUACAAGCCAUACAAAUCCUAUUGUAUUAGUCCACACAGAAAACACAGAUGUCAAAGAUUUGACUCGAUUAAGUGCUUUAUCCGCUUGUUUUCCAAAUUUCCCUCUUACCAUAAACCUCUCUGAUGAUGCAGCUUUAGCUAAAACUUGUUGCAGUGUUGCACAUGCUGUGAAGAGGAUAAUAGUCAAGUUAACGAGAUCUAGAGAUCAUCUUCUGAAGAUUCCUGAAAUAUUGUUAUCUUUGGCAGUGGAGAAUAUUACCAAGCUGUGUACAAACUGUGAUGUCUUGAAACAAAAGGCCGAUGACAUCUAUUAUAUGUGUGAUCAGAUGGAGAGAAAUUUCACGUUGGUGUCAGAGUUUUUAUCAUUUUGGCCUAAUAAGAGUGACUAUGAUAGUGAAUUUCAAAAACUGUCGCUUCUUGUGUCUGAAAAAAAGCAGUUAAAAGAACAGGUAAAGCAAAAAGUCAUGCCUCUUUAUUCUGCCAUUCAUAUUUUAAAGCAGAAAGUGCUUGUGUCAAUGCACUUGCAAACAGAAUGGGAGCAAGCAGCAUCUGAAUGUACAGAUCUUGUUGGAUGUGUUGAAACUGCUGAUACUUAUGUUAAAACCAUUCGAGGUAGCUGGCAGUCAUUUGUGAGGGAUAAAAAUUCUAGAGCUCUUUCAAAUCAUGAUGAAAAAUUCCACAAUCUGGAAAAAGUUAAAAUUCAGCAUACCAGCAAAAAAUUAGAAUCUCUCCUGCAAGAUAGGUGUUCAAAAUCUUGCAUUCAAGCAUCAAAUAAAUUAGAUGAAUGGUAUAGUGGAAUGCAAGCUACUAUGGUUCAGUGCCAGUGCUUGAAAGAGGACUUAUCAAUAGCCAGUGCACUCCUUAAAAGUUAUACAUCUGCUUUACAAGAGGCAGAAUGUCAAGCAUUUGAAAUCAGUAAGCAAAUUAUCUCUAACUUGAAGUCAGUGGAAGGACCUGAACCUAGUUUAAAACUUCAAAAUUAUUCAUCAGCACCUAUAUUAGAACCUGAAAUACCAAAAGUACAAAAUGGUAGAGUUCCUCAAAAGCUUAAAUGUUCUUCAGAUACAAGUUUACUUUAUCUGUUACAAAGUUUAAAACAAGAACAUUCAAGUUUGCGGGAAACAGCAGAAGAAAACAAUGCUCUAAUUGAAAAGAUCUCUGAAGUGCUAACUAGCAUGAAGACAGAUUGCAAGCUGAAUAAUAAUCAUCUGAGAUCAUCGUUAAAAUCAUGAAUACCAAAUUCUUGGUGCAUUUAACGAAAUUAGUGUAUUAGAAAUAUUUUUUUACGGUGAAAGAUAUUCAUGUUUGUGACCAUUUGAUGAACAGUACUUCUUUUGUGGUUGUGUAUUUUUUUUACUGUCCAUUCACUAUUCUGAUGGGGGUUUUUAUUUAAGAAAGUUUGUUAAAUUGUCUUUGUUAUGUUUUGUUAUAAAAGUAAAUCCAUUAUUGUUAAAAUUUGAUGAAAUAACUAAAAAUCUACAUCAAAACAAAUAAAAUUAAUGAAAUCUUUUUACCUAUCUAUUCAAGAAAAAAAAAAAUAUUUAAAAAUGAUUAGAAGAUAUUUUUCCUUAAUUCUAAUAUUUGGUUUUAAGCAUUAUAUAUUAUUAUUCUUUUUCUUUUUUUGUGUUUAAAAAAUUCACACAAAUGAUUGCAUGAUUUUUUUUUAUCUCAAUUGCCUAAUGAUGUUUAAAGUCAAAUUCUAUUUCUAUGAAUUUGUUAUUCAUAAAUGAACAUUCCAUAUUAAGUUACAGUAAUACAUAAUAUAAUUUUAAUUUUUUUCUUAUUACAUGAUCUAAUUAUGUGAUAUGAAUGAACAUUGCAAAAAAUUUUAUAAAUUAUAUGCUGUUGUUGUGACCCCACCUCUUUAAUAUUACCUAAAGUCUUACAAAGUUUCAGUACUAUCUCUUAGAGUUAUUUAUAAUGAUAGGAUACAAUUCUGUUUUACAAUCUUUUACUUCAAAUUAUCAUUGAUUUAGUUUACGAAUUGUAAUUAAUUUUGUGUAACAACUUUAAUUACUGCUAGGUAAUUUAAAAGACAGUUUUGUCCAAACUGUUAAUUAUAUCUUAUACUUGCUUUUACCAGUGCAUGAUUCAAUCUGUUAUUUAAAUUAUUAUUUCAAAUGCUUAAGAAUCAAACUGUUUAUCUCACUGCUUUCUUUGUGGCAUGUUUUUUCAUAGCUUCUAUGGGAAAUGCAUAUUAUUUUAGUGAGUAACUUGUAAUUCUCUUUGUUCAUCAUGUGACAUUGGCAUAAAGUUCAUUUUUUUUCUUUUGCUAAUGAAAUUAAACAAUGCAUUUUUCAAAUGCGACAUUUGAUUAAUUGAGCAUGUAUAGGCUUUUUUGUGGGCAAUUUACAUCUUGACUUCGGAUGUGUAUAAUGCAUGGUCCCCCCCCCUUUUUUUCCCACCGAAAUACAUUGAAUGAAGAACUUUUAUGUUCUACAUCAGUAAUUUGGUAAAUUACAUGCUUUUACAAGUGCAAUGCCCACUUUUCCUGUACAGAUUGAGCAUGUUCAAACUACUCUCUUGUUAAGUUUGAUAAAAGUAGGAUAAUACUCUGUAAUAAAGAUAUAUGGAAGAUAUUACUUCUAAUACACUACCUCUAAUUACAAUGCUUCAAUAUUUAUUUCUUUAGCAAUUUCCAAAUACAAAUUUCAUACUGGUGCUUGUCUACAUGAUUGCAAAACUAUUCUCAUUUUGAUAAACAAUUAACUAAUGAAACUUUCUCCAAUAAGGGUUGUUUUUUUAAACCUAAAAUAUUUAGUUCAAUAUAUUCAAUCUGUGAUGAAAUUUAAAAUUCCUUUAUGUAUUAUGUAAACAAAUGUCUCAUGAAAAGACAUAAUUUUCACAUGCUAUGCAAGUUUAUAUCAUUUGAUGUUUCAAGAAUUAAAUUGUUUGCUUUUUUAUUGUUUUAAUAAGUUGGUAACAAUCUUAAAUACAAAGAAAAAUUAAUUAACUGCUUUUCAGCAUAAGAAAUAAAUUUUCAUUAAAAUUUUAUGAAUAAGGAUAUAAAUUUUAUUUCUUAUUUUUAUUAUGUUAAUUUUUAUCACUGUGAUUUUAGUUUUUGCUUUACAUUGUAAAUUAAUAAAUAUAGUUUAACCACUCUUCAGUUAUAUUUUUAUUGAAUAUAAUUUUGUUAAUUCUUUUAAGACGAAAAAAAUGUUUUGGACUACUUGGUUUUACUUAAAUGUAAAUAUGUGUUGUGUAAAUAUUGUAAAUUUUUAUAGACAAAUACUUUAAAAUAUAGUUUUUUAUGGAGACUUUUUUUAAAAAUAAUCAAACCAUGAAAAAAAAUUUUUAGCAGUCUGAAGACAUAAAAUGUGGAAUCAUAUUCCAAGUAUACUUUUCACUUUGAUUGUAAUGUGAAGGCAAAAUGUAUUGUUUCUUGUAUUUAUAUUUGCCAUAUUUUUGUAUCAGAUAUUGGACAUUAAAUUUUGUACUAA